AUGGAUUCUGUAAAGCAUCGUUUUAAGGAAAGAAAUACUGAUAUCGCUGUUAUUCCUAGUAGGCUAACCUCACAUUUACAACUGUUGGAUGUGUCUUUAAAUAAAGUAUUUAAAGCAAAGGUCUGCCAUGCUUACAACCAGUGGAUGGAUGAAGCUAUUAAGGAAUACACACCAACAGAUAGUUCAAUUUUUGAUUUUGGGAAAGUCUCAGGUGAAAAAGGAAGGAUUAGUAUCGAAGAAGAGGAAGAAAGUAAUGAAUUAAGUUCAGAAAGUGCAGAAGAUAAAAAUAAUGAAAAUGAUCAUGAACGCAAGUAUUAUGAACACUAUAAAAGUGAAGAAAGAAAUUAUGUUAAUGUUUGGAUUUAA